AUGAACUCUUUACGCACGGCAUUAUUUCGAUACGCGUCAUUUCCUUCUUCUACCCCCCUUUACCAACCUCCUCUUUCAGCCGCAUAUGCCACGCUUAAUCAAGUAAUGCGUGGUAUGCGUAAAUCUAAAGUUAAAUUGUCAAAAUCACCCGCUCUGGAAGGAAGUUUUCAAAAGAAGGGAAUUUGCAACAAAGUUUACACAACAAAACCAAAGAAACCCAAUUCUGCCGUACGUAAAGUGGCUCGUGUAAAGCUUUCCACAGGAAAAUUUGUGACGGCUUAUAUACCAGGAGAAGGUCACAAUUUGAGUGAACAUAGUGUUGUCCUUGUUCGAGGCGGGCGUGUUAAAGAUUUACCUGGUGUUAGAUAUCAUCUUAUUAGGGGAGCUUUUGAUUUCACUGGUGUACCAAAUAGAGCUUCUUCUCGCUCAAAGUAUGGUACGAAGAAGCCAAAAGCAACCCGUUAA